GGCGAGGGUACGCAUCAAUUUGUACAGUCUUCAGUUGGCACCCCUGGUUUUUCCUGCAACGAAUAGAAAGGGAUUUCUUCUGCAUUAUUAUUAUUGUCGGAGCCCGAUGCAAUAUGAGCCAGCACAAGCCUCUGUUGACAGACGCCUGGGCUCUGAGGUGUGCGUGUCAGCGUGCAACAUAAAACGACAAAACAGAGGGAGAGAAAGGAAAGGGAGAGUGAGAGUGGGAGCACGCAUCGCUGGAUGUUAUAGGUUUGGUAGCUCUCAUGGUGUAGUACGCAGCCCAGUCAGUAAGCAACAGGAACCAGUUCAGCCCCUCACAAUGGCUUGUGUUGUAAAAUGGACGAUAUAAAGAAGAAAUAAUGAAAACAAGAACACACAAAGAAUCGAUGCCCAUGCGCAGUGGGCGACGGCGGGGGGCAAGUGAGGAAAGAAGGGGCAGACGCCCGCACCCCAGCCCCACUCGCCCUGAACGCAACGACAGACAGACGCAAAGAGGUGCUGGUGAGGAAUUGGCUGGAAAUCGCUUCAGUCGCAGAUCACAAGGGCAUGAUUCAUCAGAGAGUGAGGGGGAGGAACUUGUCUCUCCUCCAAAGAGGCAGAAAGUUCAGGACUCGGUUUCUACCCCAAACCCUCCAACAUCAACACACUCGACUGACAGCUCGGCUCCUUCCACCGUCCCACCUCCAACCUCAGUUGCCAGCCAAUCCCGUGAGAGUGACAACGAAGAUGGCCAAUCCCAGGGAAGCAGGAGUUCAGUUGUAGGGAGCCUGGCUAAUAGCAGCAGUAGUCUGAGCAGUGGGCGGGACAUAGACCAGGACAAUCGUUCCUCAUCUCCAAGUCUGUCUGCUUCCCCUUUGGGCAGCCUGGACUCUGACUCUGAUGGCCCCGACUCACCAAAGCAAGGAGAGAGGGAACGGGAUAAGAGCAAAGAGGGAGGUGCCGUCAAGGUGGCAGGGGAGGAUAGGAGAGCGCUGAGAGAUGGGAGAGGGGAGGAGUCCUGUGGAGAUGGAGAAAAGCGAGAGGUGGAUGCAAGAAUUGAGGACUGUCCCUCUCUCAAGCCCCCCUCCACUCCGUGCUCUUCCUCUGGCUUGACUCCCUCUCUCCGUGGGGCAGGGGAUUCAUCCAAUGACAGCAAUAGUGGGAGGAAGUCCUAUUUCUCCCUGGACUCCAAACUGAUGUGUAAAGUUGAGUAUGGUGGAUCAACCAGUGUUGACGGUGCUCUUAGUGGCAACAGAAUGAAUUCCAAAGCCAGCACACAGUGCGUGACAAAGACAACUAUUUCAGGAGGAGAAUUCUCCCAUAACAGCCCCAACAUUCCUCACUCUUUGCCCCCUCCUCUUCCUCCUCCACCUGCCCUAAAGCCCUUGGAACUUGGGGGACAAAACCUGCCUGCUGAGGUUAAGACAGAUAGAGACAAAAUAGAAAAGGCAGACAAACUUCUGGAUAAAGCUCAGUCCACUCCUCCCUCUCUGUUGCCACAGACUGGCCCCCAGCCUCAGCCUCAGUCCCAGCCUCAGACGCAAACCUCCACCCACCCUCACCACUACAGCUCCACCAGCUGGCAGGGUGGCACAGCAACUGGUUGCCAGGGGAGCUGGGGCUACAGCCGUUACCCUGGCAACCACCAUCCACACCAACCACAGCACCAGCCCCCGGUGCAGCAGCAGCAACUUCCCUCUGUUUACAACCCUCCGUCCUCUCGUCACUCCUCCUCCCACCCCUCUUACCUCCCCCAUCCUCACUCCCACCCCCACAGGGAGUACCUUCCCAGGUACACUGGAGGGGGAGGGGACAGAGAGAGGGGGGCUGCAGGAGAGAGGGAGAGGGGAGUGAGGGGGGAGUGUGGGGGGAGAGAGAUCAACAGGGAGUUCUCUGCUCCCAUUGGCAACAGCAGCAACAACAGUAGUGGGGGUAACAGUAAUAGUGCUGGUGGUGGAAUGAGUGGGCCAAACAGCAUCCCAAGCAGGGACUUUGGGGGUCUGUCAGUGGGUCAAACCCGAGAUUUUCAAAGUUCUGGGAGAGACGGACCUAACAUGGGGCCUGACAGGAGAGACUUUGGUCCAGCUUUUAGAGACAGGGAGCGAGAAAGGGACAGAGAACGGGAAGGAGGGAGGGAAUUUCCUCCACCAAACCAAAACCAGAGUAGAGACUUUGGCCCCAAUGGAGCAGGAGGGGGCCAUACCAGAGACAAAGAUGGAGGGAGAUGGGGUGAGUUUGGGGGUCAAACAAGAGAUGUUGUCAGCAACAGUAACUCAAACAACAAUCCAUCCAUCACCCAAGGAAAUGCUCCAAGUUCAACUAGUGGGCUACCUGGCACCCCGAUGCUGAACCGAGACCCACCUGCAUCACCCCAAAACAACCCCAGUCACCCCACUCAUUCCUCUCUUCCACCACACUCUCACCCACAUCCCCCAAACUCAUCCAACCGGGAAUUUCCUCCUCCCAUGGACCAGGCACAGCCCCCUUCCAAUGCAUCAGAGCAUUUCCACAGAGAGUAUCCAUCCACUGGUGGAAAGGACUUUCCCCCUGGGGCACCUCCAUCCACUGGCUCAAAUCGAGAGUACAUCAGCCCCCCUGGGGUGCCUCCAAACAUGGGACGAGACUAUUCGGGUCCUGGAGGAACCCAACACCCCCACCCACCUCACCCCCACUACCAGUCAGGACCCAGAGAUAGAGAAAGGGACUCAAACCUGCGAGAAUCUGCUCUGUACCAAAACCGUGGAGGCCCCACUCAACCUCCAGCUCUCUCUCCUUCUUCUUCUUCCACUCAUCAUGGACAUCCACCUAAUACUCCUUAUCCACCUCCACCCCCUCAACCUUCUUUACCCCCACCACAGUCUUCUCACUCACAGCCACCUCCAUCAAGUAUGGCACCAAAUGUACGUCCCCCUCACUACCAGUCCUCUGCCCAGACUCCUCCAACACCUCUUUCUCCAUUACCCAGCCCAUCCACCAAUCAGAUGGGAGGCUUCUCAUCUUAUCCACCUGGUUCGUCCUCUGGAGCACUACCUGUGCCAUCCAGCUGUUCACCUGGUUGUCGCCCUUCCCCCUUCCAUGGUACUUUGAACAGCCACCCUCCCUUUAGUGGAACCUACCACUCCAACGGGAACAGCAGCAGUAACAUGGCUAACAGCAAUAGCAACAGUAGCGCACCCAAUAGCAGCAAUACCAACGCGCAGUCACUUUCACCUCAAAAUAUCUCGAAGGGCCCUCCACCUCUUAGUAACUCUGCCAGUAACAACAUUACAACCCCUGCUUCCAGCACUGCACUCCCAGGUGGUGAAGGCCAUCCAGAUUCUGGCAAACCACCCACACCUGUCAUCAAAGAAGAGCCAAUAGAAGACAGGGAAGACAAUGAAAGCCCACCUCCAGUACUGAGAAGCCCCUCCCCUGAACCUAAGCCUGUAGACAUUCCCAUCCACGCCAGCCAAUCAGCAAGGUUUCACAAGGUCCUUGACCGUGGAAGUGGGAACUCGUGUGCCCGGAGUGAUGUCCUCUUUGUCCCACUGGAUGGCUCCAAGCUGUGGAAGAAGAGGAAUGAGAUGAUUGAAAGAGCCCGCAGGGAGGUUGAGCAGAGGGCCAGAGACCUGAGAGAAAAAGAGAGGGAAAGAGAGAGAGAGAGAGAGCGUGAGAGAGAACUGGACAGACAUCUACAGCAGCAGAAGGACAUCAGUGCUGCUGGAGGGGGGCGCCAGGGUUCCUCGCUAUUCUUCCCUUCCUCAUCUUCCAUCAUUCUUGACCCUUCAUCUUCCUCCUCCUCUUCUUCUGGCAACCCAAUCUCACACCCGCCUCCUCACCCCCAGCAUCAUCCCACACAUCCACAUGCCCACCUUCCUCCAACACAUCAUAUACACCCAUCUCUUUCCCACUCUAUUCCCCAUUCCCUCCUCUUGCCCUCCAUGGGUGGGGCAUCAGCAGUGGUUGGAGGACCUCAGGGAGCCCUGGGCAUAGGUUUAGGUGGACCGUAUUUGGGCCCUGACACUCCAGCGUUGAGAACCCUGAGCGAGUAUGCUCGGCCACAUGCAAUGUCUCCACUUGGGGCAGCAAGUCGUGCCCAGGCCCAUCAUGCACAAGUUCACCAUGGCCAUCCCCACGUCCACCCCUCAUUCUUCCUUCCUCAGUUUCAGAAUCACGCUUUAGCUCACCCAAACCACCUGCCCACUGAUGCUGCUACAGCAGCAGCCAUCUUGGGCUUUUUGUAUGGUGGCAGCCUUGAAGGGGGUCCGGGUGCUGCAGGCCAUGCUGGAAUGGCAGGAGGCCCAGUACCUGGAGGAAUUGGAGGUGCAGGAUUAGGAGGAGUCGGCUUUCCUCAUGCUGUAGCUGCACAUCGAGAUCGAAUAAAGCCAGGGUUUGAGUUUAAGAGUGAUGAGCGGGUUUACCCCCCAGGAUCCAUACCUGAUCCAGCGGCUCUAGCCCUUGCUCACUCUCACUCACAUGCCCAUGCCAGUGCUCAUGCACAUGCACAUGCACAUGCACAUGCACAUGCACACACCCUGCUCCUUGGAGCAGGUACAGGAGCAGCUAAUGAGGUGUCAAUCUAUGGCACUCCACCUCCCCCAGCUCCCCCCGGCCCUCCACAUCUCCCAAAUCCAACCCUGGCCCCAGUAACUCGACCUCCCAACGCUCCUGCUCCUCAGUCCCUAUCCAAUCCACCUCCUUCAUCUCUCCUCCCACCCUCACUCCCCUCUCACCCUGCAUCUGCACCACCGGCUGCCCCCCCAGCUCCUUCAGGUCCCGCUGCUCCUCCGCCAGCUCCUCCUCCACCUGCACCGCCGACCUCUAACGCUGCCUCACUUCAUCACCCAGUCCCACAUUCUUCUUUUCCCAGCUCCCUGUCCUCUCAUCUGCCACCAGCCCCUGCCCCAGCCGCUCCCCCUGAGACCUACCCCACUCCCACCCGCUCACCCGCCUCCUAUGAGCGAGAUAGGAGUGGGGAAAGGGAGCGGGAGAGGGAGAGAGACAGAGCACCUUUGCCGGCCUUUGGGGACAGAGAGCGAGAGAGAGAAAGGGAGAGAGAACGGGGAGGAAGUGGAGGAGGUGGCGGAGGAGGCACUGGAGGAGGAUCAGGUGGAGGAGGUGGAGGAGAGAAUCUGGGGCGUCUUCAGAUGCUAAAUGUGACGCCUCAUCAUCACCAGCAUUCACACAUCCACUCACAUCUACACCUGCACCAGCAAGACACAGCGGCGGGCGGGGUUCACCCCCUGAUGGACCCGUUGGCGUCGGGGUCUCCUUUGGCACGCCUCCCUUACCCAGGAGCCACACUAGGCACCCCCAUCCUGGCACACCCCCUCACUGACAGCGAGGUGCUCCGCCAACAGCUGUUCGGUGAGGAGAAGGCUCCUCGUCCAUGUGCUCCUUUCCGUGACCUCCCCCAGCCAUCCUCCCUCACGGGUCCCAUGUCAGCAGCCCACCAGCUCCAGGCCAUGCAGCAGGCCCAGAGCGCAGAGCUGCAGAUCCAGAGACUGGCCCUGGAACAGCAGUGGAUCCACCACCAUCACCACCACUCCCUCACCCAGGACGAGUAUUACAGUCACCUGAAGAAAGAGAGUGACAAGACCCUGUGAGGGAGGGGUUACGACAAAGAGCAGCAUGGAGAAUGUGUGCAAAACUGAAACAAAUGAAACAAAAUUAAAAAGCACUGAAAAAAAAACCCAACAAUGAAAGGACAAUGACUGAAAACAAAAAGCUGGACUAAUGGACAGGGGGGGAAAUCCACUGA